CUAGGAAUCUAAGCUGUACAAAGGAGCUGUACAACGGCGUUGUAUUGUACUGUGUGAUGGAUUCUAUGAAUGGCAGAGAGCGGAUAAAAUCAAACAACCAUAUUUGGUUUAUGCAAGACAGAAGGAUCAUGAUAUUGAAGAUGUUUUAAAAUAUUCUGAAGAUCCAGACGAUCCAAAAAACGAGAAAGCGUGGAAUGGUCCUGAACUGCUCAAGAUGGCUGGACUGUACUCGGUGUGGAGAGGGCAGGACGGUACACCAGUGUACAACUACACUAUUCUUACCAGGGAGUCUAAUUCAGUUCUGUCCUGGUUGCAUCACAGGAUGCCCUGCUUCCUGAGCCAGCAUCAGGCUCAGUUCUGGUUAGAUCCGCUUCUUCCGGUACAUGAGGCCCUAGGUCUACUGAAGGUCCCAAGUGAAUCGGACCUCUCCUGGCACACUGUUAGUCUAGAGAUUGGAAAUGUGAAGAAUCAGAGCUUUGAUCUGCUCAAGAAAGUGGACCCUGUGGAAGAGAAGAAGAAGGAGAACACGAGCAAAGCGAGUCAGACCCUGAUGUCGAACUGGUUGAAGAGAUCCAACAACUCUCCCUCCUCUCAACCUUUAAAGAAAAAAUAGAAAGAUGGAUAAGUCCAGACAUCAAAAUUUAACAUUAAGCAAGAAUUAUUGUUUAACAAAUUUAUGCAACUUUGAAUCGAGCAUUGCGGGUUUUCAUGUCAUUUUUUCCACGUUUUUUUAAAAGUUUAUUGAACCAUUUUUUCAGA